CAGAGCAAUAAACCAAAAUGUAAAUUAAAGAAUGCUAUAUGGUAAUCUCCCAUUAAAAACACCACGAUUUCUUUUUCUCUCUCUUUCUCCUCGACGAAAAAACCAGACCACUUCUACGGCUCUACCAUUCUUCUUCUUCUUCGAUUUCCUUCGUCUUCUUCUUCGAUUCGAUACCCACUUGCUGAUCUACUACCAGUUGGUGCUCUACAUUCAUUGAUUUACUAUUAACACAACCACAAGAGAGAGAUGUCGUACUUGCUUCCACAUUUGCACUCUGGAUGGGCUGUUGAUCAGUCCAUCCUCGCUGAGGAAGAGCGCCUUGUCAUCAUCCGAUUUGGCCACGACUGGGAUGAGACCUGUAUGCAGAUGGAUGAAGUUUUGGCAUCAGUUGCUGAGACAAUAAAAAACUUUGCUGUGAUAUACCUUGUGGACAUUACUGAGGUUCCAGAUUUCAACACCAUGUACGAGUUGUAUGACCCGUCUACGGUCAUGUUUUUCUUCAGGAACAAGCAUAUUAUGAUCGAUCUCGGAACUGGAAACAAUAAUAAGAUCAACUGGGCCCUUAAGGACAAGCAAGAGUUCAUUGACAUUGUCGAGACUGUGUACCGCGGAGCUAGGAAAGGACGGGGUCUUGUGAUUGCUCCCAAGGAUUACUCUACCAAGUAUCGCUACUAAGCUCUUAUGCAAAUCUAUAUAUAUUUGUGGUUAUAUUUGUUAGAAUUCACUGUAACUUGUUUCUCUAAGAAUCUGUCGAAUUUCUCAAAGCUUUAUUUCUCCCAAAAGUCAAAGUUCUUAUGUUAACUAUUUGGACGCUUAGUGCGAUGUCCAGAAGAAUGAAAUACAAUGUUACAACUUGAUUGAAUGGUGUGUUAGUACAUAUUCUUAUCUUCUAA